UGGAGAGAAGCCAAUCAAGAGCAUUAAGUUUUUGAGACGCACUGCCAGAAAACGAUCUCACAUCAAAAUGAAAGUGCUCUUAGCAACACUGGUUGUAGUUUCAGUCUUUAUGCAAGGAUGGUCGAUCACGUGCUAUCGUUGUGGUGGGGCUGCACCAAGUUGUGAGGGGUCUGGCUCAGCGACGGUGAAAUGUGAUGAUUCAUCCAUGCCUGGUUCUGUGUUCGCCUGUCAAGUGUACACGGCAAAUUUCACGUCAUAUGACGAAGUCAGAGUGUUUAAAAGUUGCUGCUUGUAUGAGGACUGCAACAAAGAUCCCUGUAAGGAGUUCGGGAAAGAAAUAGUCUGCUCUAAGAUGGCCAGUUGUCAAGAAGACAAAUGUAACUUCGAUUACGACUCUGCCAAGGCUUCCCAGCCUCCCACGCUUCCCUCUGAAGCGAGCAGCGUGACUUUGGGAAAAGUCUUGGAAGCGACUCUUAUCAUGGCACUAAGUAUGUCAUUGUUCAUUUGAAUAUUUGGAAAAUUUUCUUUAGCAGACAUCAUUUAAGAUGAACUUGCAGCGUUUGAUUUAUUGCACGGUGUUUAAAAAAAAACUACAUGAAUUAUGCACAAACUACACUUAGUUGAAUCUUUUGAGAACUUAUUGUAAGGCCAAUUAAGAGAAUAAAAUGAUUAAAAUUAAGUAAAGUAAUAUUUAUAAAGGUA